AUGGAUAUAAAAGCUUCUCUCCAUGUGUUUGUUUGCCUGCUGGGAUUGGUGGUCCUGUGUCACUCUGAUUGCACUCUAGAGGAGUUAGUGCUGAAAGAUCUGAAUAACCCUCCAAAAGGGUGUGUGGACAAGGAUGGAAAGCAGCACGACUUUGGCUCUGAAUGGAAAGGGAGAGACUGCAUGUCAUGCUCUUGUUCACAAGAAGGCAUGAGCUGUUGCACCGAUAUCCCUGAUGCAGAUACAGUAGACAUUCCUGCGGAGUGUGAGCUGUUGGUAGAUAAAGAGGCCUGCUCUGCCAAGGUUGUGAUGAAGUCAGACAAGACAAAGGAGUGUAACCCUCUCUGA